GCCAAAAAUGUUUUCAUGGUUCAGUGUAAGAAGCCGUGGGAAAAGUAACUUUCGUAGUUUUUUUUAAAUUUCUUGUAGGCAGUAACGCUGCAUAAAAACCUUUCAUUCAAAGAGAAAUCAUAUUUCUGAAGGUUAAAAGUGUAACUUCAAUGUUUUGAAUAGCAAACGUGAAAAGAGAAGGAAUUCCGUUUUCGAUGUCACUGUGCUUGGUUCAUCAACUAACUACGUUUUGAACGUAGUUUAGGUGCAUAAAUUUAUGUAAUCAUAACCUGAUACUUAUACAGUUGUUUGUAUUUUAAUUGCUCGUGUAAUGCCAAACUGUUGAUUUGUGAACAUUAAAGUAUCAACAGGAUGAGUACUGUGAACGAUUCGGUGAUCAUUUGUGAAACCCCGUCACCACAAAGUGCAGUUCCUAAAAAGAGAAAACUGCGAGCAAAAAAACCAAAGAUAAAACGUUGCAAAAUAACAAAGAAACCAGUUUUACAAAGCGAUACCGAAUCCGAAGAAGACUCAAGAUGUACAAACACAGUUCAGCCAUCUGGAGCGAAACGGAAGCGUGAGGAAAAUUCAUGUAUUGACUGGAUUGAUCUGUCCGAGUCAAUUAAUUGUGAGAAAAAAAGGAAGACAAAUAAACGUUCGUUUGUGCGCAAAACUAAUAUACCGAUUUCUCUCCAAGAAAGUGUUAUUAUUCUAAGUGAUAGCAGUACCUCUUCCAAAGAAGAAGGUCAAGUAAAUCCCAGUGAAGAGAGACUGUCCCAAGAAGAUAUCAUUUUGAUAGAUAAUUUUGAAUUGGGAGAGCCAUCUCAUGAAUCUACAAGUACUAAAAAGAGGAGUUGCGAAAGUGAUCAGAAUUCAGUUAAUACAAGAAGGAAAACGUCCAAAGCAGGCAAAUCUUCGAAUUUAUAUAAGAAUUCCAUACAGUGGAAAUUGUCUGUAUUGACUUCGAAGGUAGAUCUUAAUGAUAGGGAUAAACUACCUACUUUACCAAGUUCAAACAGCUCGAAUCAGGAAAUCUCUAAAGCUGAGGAUGUUUCAAUCGUCUGGACAUCUGUAAAUGACUCUGUAUCAACAAAUGUGGAACAGGUUACCAAAUAUUCUGACGAGCCACCAAAACUCACAGAAGAGAUGCAGAACUUGCUCAAUGGGCCCAUGGUUUACGUAGACAAGCAGGGAGAUUUUUCAAACCUGCAAAAUUUGUAUAUGCCGGUGGAGUACAAAGAAAAAAACAAAAAUCAAAUCGUCGGUAACCUGUUGAAGGAAAGAAAUGUGGUGAAUAUGGCACAGAAAAAACCAGCUAAAGAUCUGUCGAGCAAACCGCUAAGAGAGAUAAUUAUUGAUGGUUGCAAUAUUGCUAUGGCACACGCAAACAAUAAGAAGUUCUCCGAAGCUGGAAUCAAACUGGUCAUAGAUUAUUUUGCACAAAGGGGUCAUACAGUCAAAGCGUUUCUCCCACAACACACAAGAUCGUUCAAGCAUCCCCUUCUUGAGAAACUUUACAAUAAUGGAACAGUCGUGUUUACACCAAGUAGGAAAAUUGGUGGAAGAAAGAUUACGCCUUAUGACGACCGUUUUAUAUUGGAAUAUGCAACUCAGUGUAACGGAAUAGUGAUAUCGCAAGACCAAUAUAGAGACUUGUACAGGGAGAAACCAGAGUGGCGGGAUACGAUAGAAAAUCGCCUUCUUCCUCCUACGUUUGUAGGAGACAUCGUGAUGUUUCCCGAAGAUCCUUUAGGGAGAAAUGGUCCUACGUUAGAGGAAUUCCUCAGGCACCUAUGAAGUCACAGGAUCUCGAGCUGUAACAUUUCUGUCCAGUGAAUGAUUAAAGGUUACCGCCAAGGAACAAUUUGUGUUACGGUAAAGAAAAGAAGAUAUCGUAUGGUUAUGUCACAUAAUUUUUCAUUUUCAUUCGUUCUAUUUUCAACGCUUCAUAUUCAUGAUGCGGUAACGACGAUCACGUGCACUGGUGGCAAACCCCAAAUAUAUUAUCGGUAAUUGAACCUGCUCAAGUGCGAAACUAUAUAAGCAAUUCAUCGAGCUAAUGGACAAUAUAGCUCCGAGGUAUUUUGAUAACUUUUCAUUUUUUUUUGGUUAUUCACUUCUGUUGCAAAUUACGGUUUCGUAACUAUAUUACUGCCAAAGCCGUUUCGUUAGAGGCACAUGGUUCCGUGAAAUUUUCAUUUACAUUUGAUAUCGCAUUAUAUUUAAGACAACAACUUUAAUUUCCGUAUCAGAGAAUCCUGCAGUUUUCUUGAAAGAAUUGGAAAUCUUGUUGAUUAUUUAAAUAGAUCGGUAUUCAUUUAUACUGUAUAAUAUUGUAUAAAUAAGCUAAUAUAAAAGAGAGUAUAAUAUAAAACCAAAGGGGGGGAAGAAAAUAUCGUUUUUUUUUUUUUUUCAGCCAAGACGAAAUUAUAUUGUAUAGAUUUUACACAUCUUUGACACCUGAAAUGUAACACAUAAUCUCAAAAGCGAAGCCUGUAAAAUAAGGCCAGCGAACCGAUUGGAAGAGUACUUGGACUUUGAAGUAGAUUUCCUCGUGGUGCUUACAGAGCGAUUAAUAUUCCAGUACCAUUUAUUUACAAUGA